UACAGAGCGGUGAGUUUAAAAUUCAAUUUAUUUACAUUCUCUGGAUAUUUAGGCGGAGUAAGAUUCUUAUCAAUCUUGACAUCUCCUGUAUAUGUUUGUUUAUUUAUAAUUCUAAAUUUAACUUUUAUAACAACGACGAGAUAAUAUUCAUCAUCAAGAACAUCUUACAUCUUCGUCACGAUUUAAACCCAAAAGAUAAUAUUUACUUUCAGAAUGGACAACGAACGAAAAUUCACUCCAUCAAAUGAGAAAAGAGCAAUUGGUCCAUUCAGCAUGAGAACCGUUUUUCCACCGGGCGAAAACUUCAGACAUGACAAGGACUUUAAACGAUGGGUGGACAGCGAAAAGGUAAGAAUGCUAACAGCUCUGACUGACAAAAUGAUAACAAACAUAUCUGACCACGUACUUACAAAUGAAGAAAAGGAAGCAAUUUGAAAAGGACUGAAGUUUAUACCCAACUCACAAAAAGUAGGAAGAGAAGUAUACGGGGCUAGUGUGGAGAAAUUCAAAAGAAAACUACGACUUAAGAUGUUCUUCAAGGAUAGAAAGGAGCAGAAGAGAUCCGUAUUCUACAAGAAAUCCAGCUGGGUACCUCCAGAAACAGAGAAUGAAAACAUACUCGAAUACUUCGGCAAGAUAGACAGAGAUCUAGAAGAGAUGUGGAACAGAGAGACACCGAGAAAAAGAAACAACUUGAAACCAGAGGUAUGUCAAGCACUGAAAAACCUACAAAACAACCGAGACAUUAUUAUCAAAAAAACUGACAAAGGGGGAGGGCUCUGCAUCAUGAACAAAACAACAUACGAAGAGAAAGUGAAUGAACUACUAAUGGACAGAACAGUAUACAGAGAGCUCCAGACUGACCAAGCGAAUAAGAUUGUGAGAGGAAUUACUUACAUGUCAAACUACAUGCUUAAACUUCAUAAAAUUAACGAACAGACUGCAGAGUUCCUUCUUCCCCGCAAACCAUGUAGACCAUCACUAUUUUACGGACUUCCAAAAAUUCAUAAACCUAACAUUCCAUUACGACCAAUAGUCAGCGCAUGCAGCGGACCUACGGACAACCUACUAAAAUACCUGACAAGAUUCAUACAACCACUGGUCGAAUCACUACCAGCCUACAUUAAGGACAGUAUAUACUUUCUCAACAUGUUACAAAAUAUGCGACUUCAAUCUUCAGAAUUCAUUUUUGUGACGGCUGACGUGACAUCACUCUACACCAACAUCCCACACAGAGAUGGCAUAGACGCAGUAGUACAUUACUUGAGGCUCAUACCAUUACAAGAUAGACCACCUGACUGCCCAUCACCAGGUAUCAUAGGCAACCUAAUAGAAGAAAUACUAUCAAACAGUACUUUCUCCUUUGGUGACAAACACUACCAUCAACUGACAGGUACAUCAAUGGGCACACGGGUUGCGCCAUGCUAUGCGAAUUUAUUCAUGGGAAGGCUUAACGAACAAAUCACUAACCAAUUUGCGAACCACAUUACUUUCUACAGAAGAUUCAUCGACGACAUUUUCUUCAUUUUUCAAGGACCCAUAGCAGCGUUAGAUCAGAUCUGCAACUACAUGAACACCAUCCAUCCAACAAUCAAAUUCACUUUCAACCACUCAGCUACAUCCAUAAACUUUCUAGACAUACUACUGUACAAAAAUGAACAAGGUAACAUUCACACGACCAUCAAUCGAAAACCAACUGACACAAUGGGACUACUUCACUAUGACUCACAUCAUCCCACACACACUAUUCCGGGCACCAUAUACAGCCAAGCUCUCAGAUACUGCACUAUCAUUACAGAACUUAACAACCUACAAAAUAAUCUUAAAUACUUAACUAUGACACUAGUACUAAGAGACUAUCCUCUGCGCAUCAUCAACAAUAACAUUAAGAAAGCGCUUCAUAAAACGCAACAUGAACUUGUCAACAACAGGCGCGCGCUGGAAAAUACAGAAAGACUAACAAUAGUUACUCCAUACACUCCCGUUGGACAACAAAUCAACAGCAUCAUUCUUAACAACUGGAACAUGAUUGACCCUAACUUACAACUACAGGACAUAUUUCCUCACAAACCACUAUCAGUACAUACAAACUUAAAAUCUAUUAAAGAUUUACUAAUACACACUAAACACCAACAAUUACAACUGCACAAAAGAAUAUUAGCUUUUAUUGCAACCCCUCUGUCGACAACAUCAUCCAAAUAG